CUUGUGGAGGGAACACCUAGAUCCGAGGGCCCGAAGUCAGUGAGGCGGGAGGAACGGCACCGAGCGGUUGGUGGUCGCAGCUCCCUGGAAGCGGGCUUUGGAUUUCAGUUAAGUUCCUUAUGUCUUCCCCUGAAAUUGCUUCCCUUUCAUGGGGGCAAAUGAAAGUACAAGGCUCUACUAAAACCUAUAAGGACUGCAAAGUGUGGCCAGGGGGAAGUCGGGAUUGGGAUUGGAGAGAAACAGGAACUGAGCAUUCUCCUGGUGUGCAGCCUGCAGAUGUGGAGGAAGUUGUCAAGAAGGGUGUGCAGACCCUUGUGAUUGGCCGAGGGAUGAGUGAGGCCUUGAAGGUCCCCCCAUCAACCCUGGAGUACCUUGAGAAACAAGGCAUUGAUGUACGAGUACUCCAGACAGAGAAGGCCGUAAAGGAGUACAAUGCCUUGGCUGCCCAAGGUGUCAGGGUCGGAGGGGUCUUCCAUUCCACCUGCUGAUGAAGCCUUAAAACAAAUCACU